AUGUUCUGGACGAUAAUCUUCGCCGCUCUAAUGGCGACAGAAUCCACUAUGGGCGUAUCAGUUCAAUGUCCUACCAAGAGGUAUGUCGUCAUUCUCUUCCAGCCUGUCACCCUUACUUGUCAGUAUCAGACAACGGCCACUCAGCCCCCUAUUGUAACGUGGAAGUAUAAGUCUUACUGUCGGGAUCCGGUUCAGGCUGCACUCAAUCCCAGCAGUGCAGACAACAUUCUGUCUCAAAACAACCCCAACUAUAAUCCCACCAUUGAGUGUGCAGACAGCCAGAGGACAGUGCGAAUAGUGGCCUCCAAGCAAGGCACUGCAGUUACCCUCGGCACUGAGUACCAGGGACGCAAGAUCAGCAUAGUCAACAAUGCAGACCUGAAUAUCGCACAGACUGCAUGGGGAGACAGUGGUGUCUACUUCUGUUCUGUCAUCUCUUCUCAAGAUGUUACAGGAAAUAGUGAAGACUACACAGAGCUCCUUGUACUGGAGAGAAAGUCAAAUUCUACUGACCUCCUGCCUGGCAUUGACUUACUGGUUAUGGAAGACUGGCUCCUGGUUGUUUUGGUGGUCCUUGGCUUCUUUCUGCUGGUCCUUUUGAUUGGGAUUUGCUGGUGCCAGUGUUGUCCACACACCUGCUGCUGUUAUGUGAGUUGCCCGUGCUGCCCGGAUCGCUGCUGCUGUCCACGAGCAUUGUAUGAGGCAGGAAAAGCAGUAAAGAAGGGUAUGGGGAAUCAAUAUGCUUCCACCCUCUAUGCUCCGAGUAUGUAUGCUCAGCCACCAUACAUCCAGCCUGGUAUGCCUCUACUUCCUGUACCUAAUGGGGUUGGAGCCCAGCUGCCUCAGAGUGGUUACGGUCAUGAAUAUGAUGGUGCUAGCUCAGUGGGACACGGCUCCCAGGUACCUUUGCUACGUGAGCAAGACCGAGGGGACAACACUCGCAGUGGUUUUCGAAUCCAGGUGGACCCUGACGGGAACGCAACGCGUGCCAUUUACUAUAUGGAGAGGGAGCUUGCCAAUAUGGAUCCAUCCAGACCUGGCAAUUAUCAGCGCUUGGACAACAUGACUGAAGUCAGUUCAUUGCACGACAGUAGUGGAUCUGAGCCUCGAAGCCGUGGAGGUCGUUCCCAGCCGCCGCAUCUCCCCACAGUGUAUGACCAUGAUGAAGCUAUGAGCACCAUCAGCAGCGUUUCCCAGCAAGGCCGCCGCCGUGAUGACUACCCGCAGCAAAGAGGAGGUUACAUGGAGAACCGCGUACGUUCCCGCUCGAUGGACAAUCUUGACGAUAUUGGACGGCGAUACCCCAGAGACGACUACCCACCACAACGCCGCCCAGAUUCCAGAGGCGGAAGAGGCUCAGAUGAUGGGUGGAGCAGCAGCGCCCGGAGUGGCUACGAUCGUGACUAUGAUGACCGCCGACGUCGUGACCACUCCCCCGAUCGCCGGAGAGGAGAGGGUGGAGCCUACGGGGAUCUCCCAGGACGGCGCAGCCACAGUCGUGACGAUCUAAUGGAUCUGGAGAGGGAUCGCCGGUAUGGUGGUGGUGCAAGGAGCGGGCGCGAGGAUUACGAUGACAGUUUUCUACGAGAAGCCAUGGAGAAGAAGAGGAUGGGCGAGCAGCAGAGGGCGCGGAGCCGGGAGCGAUUGGACAGCGAGAGUGACCGCUCAGAUCGGGGGAGGGGGGCACGCGGGCCACCUCCACUACCUUUGAACCCACCCUCUGGAAACCCUGGCCGGCACGAUGACUACCCACCUCCACCACCACCGCCUUACAGUGAAGAUGAAAAGAAAAGCAACCUCCGCAAGAAUGGAGCUGUGAGUCGGGAGAGCCUGGUUGUGUGAAAUGAAAACCUAAAGAGAACAACCAAGUACAACAAGGAUGCAGCAUUGGUCUUUAAAAAACAAGAGAGCG